AUGUAAUUUGUAAUAGUCAUAAUACUAGAAUUAAUUGUGAUUGGAGGAUGUUGUCAACCUCAAGACAAAAUAAACAAAUCAAUAAUUCGAGGAGGUUAUACUAAUGUGUUGAAUUUAAAUAAUGGUGCUCUAAUAAGUUCAAGAUAAAUGAAUUAUUAUCCUGAAGGAUAGAUAUAAUCAUUAUGUUUGAGAGAUUCUAUCUAUAAUGUAAAUGGGCAUAAAGGAUUUUGGGCUUGCCUUAUAGGUAGAUCAAUUAUAAUUGAUUUGUUUUAAACUUAUGAAUUGAAUACAUUAAAGUUAAGAGUUUGGGACUUAGAAUUUGCACGAUGGUAUAAUUUAGAGGUUUAUAUUAUUUACAAUAAUAUAAAAAAAUUAAUAUUUUAGUAAUUAGCGCAAAGAGUUAUUACUAUAUAAUUUGAAGAUUAAUAUGUUGAAUAAAUUGAAAUAUUGUCUUUUAUUAAAUAAUUCAAAAUGAUCUAUGACUGA